AUGCCAUCAAGUGGAAUCAAGCCUACUGAACCUGCUCCAAAGGGAAAGUUCACACAUCUUUUAUAUGAAAAUUUCUAUGGUCUUUUUCCUAACAAGCCAAAAUAUUUACCAGAAGAUUAUCCUGAUUUAACUGGCAAGACUGCUAUUGUCACCGGUUCAAAUGUUGGCAUUGGUUUCUACACUAUGAAGUUACUAUAUUCCAAGAAUUGUAAUGUUAUAUCAGUUGUGAGAACACAAGCAAAAGGUGAGGCUGCCAAGGAAUCUAUUUUGGAAGAAAUUAAGGACUCCAAGGGAUCAAUUACUGUUGUAGGUGGUUGUGACUUGGCUGAUUUUGAAACUGUCAAGCCAGCUGCUAAGAAAAUUGAAGAAGCAUUAGGAUCAAACCCAUUGAAUAUUAUUAUCCACAAUGCCGGUAUUGCCCCAGCUGUUAAUACUCAAACAUCAAAACUCGGUUAUGAAAUGAUUUUCGCUACAAAUGUAAUGGGUCCACAACUUUUACAGCAUUUCUUAGAUCCAUUGUUUUUGAAAGAAGAUGAUAAGUUGAAAAGAAUUGUUUGGCUAAGUUCUGCAAUUCACUAUGCUUCAUCACCUGAGUAUGGUAUUAAUUGGGAGGAUCCAUUGUAUGAAAAUUCACCAGUAGACAAAAGACCAAAUGCUACUACGCUUUAUGGUAACUCUAAAGCUGCUAAUGCUUAUCAAGCCAAAGCUUGGGCCACAAGACACAAAGAAAUUGUUGAUAAAAUUGGUUGUGUAUCUGUAUCAUGUUUCCCGGGUCUAUUAAAAUCCGCGUUGACAAGAGAUUUGAGUGCAUUCUCUAACAAAGUUCUGUCAUAUUUGCAAUACGAUACUAUUUAUGGCGCAUACGCCGAACUAUAUGCUGCUCUAAAUCCAAGUUUCACCAUUAAGGACCAAGGUGUCUACAUUGUUCCUUUCGAUGAAGUUCACGAACCAAGGGCAGACAUUGCAGCUGCCAUGAAAAAUGGUACUGAUUUAGUCUUAUGGGACUGGAUUGAAACAAAAAUAUCCGAGUUCUUUUAA